AUGCCUGGCAAGAUUGAUGCUUACGUUGACUGCGGUAUGAGAGCCCUCAGCUCCACCCCUGGGAUCUAUCGCCAUACUCAUACUAUGCGACGCUUUAUCUCACGAAAGAAUCGCAAGGCUCUAGAGUCACAUGGGGUCGAGGUUGAAUUCCACCCGGUCUUCUUAGGCGGGAUUAAUGUUGGCUCAGGGAAUAAACCCCCAUGGACACUGCCCGCUAAAGCAGCGUACUCCAAAUUCGACUCGGAGCGAGCAUGUAAAUACUUUGGAGUCCCGCAGAUCCAGACACCAAUGUUCUUCCCAAUCCUCUCAGUCAUGCCCCAACGAUGUAUGAUCUACAUCAAAAGCCACUUCCCGCGCGAGCAGUACGAAACCACCUUCCUGUCGCUGUGGGAGUGGAUGUUCUACAAAAACAUCGACAUCAGCAAGCCAGAGAAGUUAGCUGAGCUAUUCCAGAGCAACGGGUACUCCGACUCGGAAGUCAGGAAAAUCCUGGCCGCGGCAUCCAGCCCGGAAUUCAAGCAAGCUUUGACGUCCAAUACGCAGAUUGCUCUUGAUAAGGGAGCCUAUGGUGCGCCGUGGUUUUGGGUGCGGAAUGCCGAGGGCAAAGAGCAGCCGUUUUUCGGUAGUGAUCGGUUUGCAUUUAUGUGGAUGUAUCUCGGGUUGCCAUUUCAGGAUGUUGCGAUUGUUGAGAGGUCGAGGCUUUAG